GGAUCCUUCUUACUCCUCUCCCGCCUCCGUCCCUCGAUCACAGUUGAACUGCUGCAGAAGCCAGUGCUUGAGUUGCGGUUGUGCACGUGGAGGUAGCAGUGCAGUAGAAGAAGAAGUAGGAGAAGAAGUAGUAGUAGUAAAAGCAGUAGUAGUAGUACAUGCGGAGAUACCAGCAGUACUCGCUCCUUCCGGCGCCUUUGGCUCAGGUUAUGUCUCCGCGCUCACUCGUUCAGCGGCGGCUCUUCAAACUUUUCACCAACUUUUGUGAAGCAACGCGCGGCGACAGAAGCGGCGACAGAAGCGGCGGCGGCGGCAGGAGGACCUGCUGAGGAUGAGUCCACAGUGAGUCCGGCCUUUGUUCAUCUGACCCUCUGCCCCCCCCCACCCCACGGCCGCUCACCCACAGCAGUAUGGUCGAUAAAGGGCCCUUGUUGACGUCUGCUGUCAUUUUCUACCUGUCCAUCGGGGCCGCGAUUUUUCAAGUCCUGGAAGAACCGAACUGGAAGCAGGCCGUGAAUCGGUACCGAGCCCGGAAGGACAAGAUCCUGGAGGACUAUCCGUGUCUGAGUCAAGAUGAUUUGGACAGAAUCCUAGAGGAAGUGUCUGAAGCUGCAGGUCAGGGGGUCACGAUCACCGGCACCAAACCCUUCAACAACUGGAACUGGCCAAACGCUGUCAUUUUUGCUGCCACCGUGAUCACCACUAUCGGCUAUGGAAACAUCGCUCCUAAAACAUCGACGGGACGCGUGUUCUGCAUCUUCUACGGACUCUUCGGCGUUCCUCUGUGUCUCACCUGGAUCAGUGAGCUGGGAAAGUUCUUUGGAGGCCGAGCCAAGCACCUGGGCCAGUUCUUGACCAAGAAAGGGUUUUCUCUGAGAAAGGCUCAGUUUACCUGCACUGCCAUUUUCCUCCUGUGGGGCGUGCUGGUCCAUUUAGUGCUUCCACCCUUUGUGUUCAUGUCCCAGGAGGGUUGGUCGUACAUUGAAGGCUUGUAUUUCUCUUUCGUCACUUUGACCACGAUUGGAUUUGGAGACUUUGUUGCAGGCGUGGACCCAAAUACGGAGUACCCGACCCUCUACCGGUACUUUGUGGAGGUGUGGAUCUACCUGGGCCUAGCCUGGCUGUCGCUGUUCUUCAACUGGAAAGUACGAAUGGUAAUCGAAGCUCACAAGGCGCUGAAGAAGCGGCGCAAAAUGCGCAAACAGUCGCUGGAGGAGCCCAGACCGCACAAACAGAAGGACUCGCCGCGGUUGCCUCCCACCCCCAAUGACGUCAACAUCUUCAGCUUCCUGUCCAAGAAGCAGCAAGGCUACAACGACCUGAUCAAGCAGAUUGGCAACAGGAAAGUCGACAGGAUCGGCAGAGGCUCGGCGAGCGCUCCAGACAAACCGGUCAAGGACUACGGUCGCUCCAAGAGUUGUAACGAUGCCCCGGUGUUGAACUCGCACACCAUCCUCAGUCUGGACCGCUCGCCGCGUCAGAAGAGACGCUACAGUUUCAGCGACCGCGUCACCGUUGCUUUUUCAAAGUCCAAGAACUACAUCAUGGGCUCGGACAACGGUUUGCUGCUGACGGAGGAUCACGUGGAGGGAGACCUAGAACUGGACCGUGACCCGAUCUUUGAGAACCAACUUGACAAGGAUGUGGACCUGGAGAAACAGGUGGACUUGGACCGUGGAGCCGGGGGUCGGAGGACGUGGGAUUCUAAAGAGUAUCACUCACUGACGUUCCAAAAUGCCAACAUUACUUUUAUCGAUGAGGAAAACUUCAUCGGCAACAACUUGGAGGACGACGACGACGACGACUCCAAGGCGAAACUGUCCAUCACCACGUGUGACGAGAACAUUGAAACCAACUCCAAGGAGGAGGAGAGUUCAGAGUCCGGCGGGUCGGUGUUCACCAUCGACGGGUCAGAACACGGACACUCCUACGAGAAACUGGUGGAGGAAUACGCCAAGGAGGACAACACAGAGUCUUGACCUUUGACCUUUGACUCCGUGCCCACGCCACGUGUCGCUCACCUUUUUCCUAAUGUGAAACAUUUGAAAGGAUCACAUGACCCACUGCACUUUCUGGUGUCUGACGUCACAUGAUCAGAUUUCAAAUCAACACCUACUUCAAAUUCCUGUGAACUGUUGAUGUUUAACGUCCGGGUGAACAUGACCCGACCUUUGACCCCUGCUCUAGGACCACCUUUAACUAAACAUUGUGUGCUACGAUUUUCUUAAAUGUCCGAACCUUGAACUGUUCGCCACAAGUUUUUUGGUCCAAUCUCGGUGCGGUGAGGACUCUGGUGUCAACUACUUCCUGUGAACUACUUCCUGUGGUUCCUCCGACACUUCCACCAUAUUGGUGUUUUAAUUAUAUUUAUUGAAAUGAAGGACGCUGCAUCUUUUUAUUUAAAUGAAACGUCUGUCUCUGACCAGGUGUCAAGUCCACUCCACUGCAGACUUCUGGUCAUCACCUGAGCCACGUCCUGGUCCUUAGAAACGUCAGCACAGAGUCGGCCGAUUGGUUGUUUUUGUUUUUGUUUUUCUCCUUCAGUAUUUUCCUUUUGUGACGUCGUGAACUUUGUCAGUUUUGUCUGUAGAAAUAGUGACUGCACUAGAGAAGAUCGGUGACAUUUCAUCUGUGGAGAGAACGAUGGAACUGUUUGUGUUUGAACUGCCUUCAGAGUUCAUGUGCCAGGAAUAUAUAAAUAUAUGAAUAUAUGAAUAUAUAAAUAUAUGAAUGUAUAAAUUUAUAAGUUCCAAACACAUAAAAAACCCUUUGGUUUCAGGUGACGUCUGGUGAAAUUUAAAACCAGUUCUUCUCACUUUUCUCUGAAGCGUUUCAUUAUUUUAGCCGUGUGACUGAAGACCUUCAGACCUUCAGACCUUCAGACCUUCAGACCCCGGCCCGGCCCAGGUCUCCACCUGGACUUGAUACCUGUUCACCUUCCAGGACUCGUUCUGGUUGGAACGAUGUUUUUGUGGUGUGACACAGGGGGCAGUGUUGUGUGUGUUUGUAUGUAUUGUCCAUUCAGUUUCAGUUGCCUCUCUGUCUCCACCUGCUGUUUGCACAUGUCAGACUUCAGCACAGAACUUCAAACAGUGUUACUGUAAUGAUCGGUUCUUCAGUCGUUCUUCUCCCUCAUCCGACCGUCAGUCGUGACCUCUCUGUGACCUCUCUGUGUCCAACAUGUUUCAUCUUUUAUGUUCAGUUUGUUGUUGUUGUUCCAGUCUCCACUGUUGAGUGCCUCCUGACCCCCCCCCCGUCGUCACUGGUCGUCUGAAUAAUUGCUUGAGUCGUUAAAAAAAUUCUGUGAACGUUUUUUUUUUUCUAUGAUUAAAUUAUUCGUGUUUGUACAUUGAUUAGUAAAACUGUAUAUUUUAUGAAAAAUAAACACUUAAUAAAAA